UGACGUCAUGGUCCGCUGCCUUAAGCUGAUGAAAGAGUUCAAGCGGAAGAUGGACGACGACCAGGACGAUGACGAGGACGAGGAGGUCAUCUCCAAGGCGGUGCCGCCGGUGGACAUCGUGUACGAGCGGGACAUGCUCACGCAGACCUACGAGCUCAUCGAACGCAGAGGCACAAAAGGCAUCUCCCAGGCUGAGAUUCGCGUGGCCAUGAACGUGGGGAAGCUGGAAGCAAGAAUGCUGUGUCGGCUCCUCCAGAGGUUCAAGGUCGUCAAGGGCUUCAUGGAAGAUGAAGGCCGCCAGCGGACCACCAAGUACAUCUCCUGCGUGUUCGCCGAGGAGAGCGACCUGAGCCGCCAGUAUGCCCGGGAGAAGGCCCGCAGCGAGCUGCUGGCCACCGUGAGCCUGGCCUCCAUGCAGGAGGAGUCGCUCCCGCCCGAGGGCGAAGACGCCUUCCUCUCGGAGUCGGACAGCGAGGACGAGGGCGGCAGCAGCAAGCGGAAAGGCCGAGGGCCCCAGGGGGACGCCAGGGCCUCCGGCAGCCUCGGGCUGGGGGCCCAGCCUCAUCACUCCACCCCCACCAAGGGUGGGUGGAAAGUCGUGAACCUGAACCCUCUCAAGCGGCAGCCACCUGCCUUGGCGGGAGCUGCCGAGGGUGCCGCGUGCGGGAGCCGCGCUGGCACCGACAACCUCCUGGACACCAGCAGCUCCUCAGAGCCCAGCUUCGGCUCGCACCACAUGGAGAAUGACACUGGCGACAUCGCCUUGAUCGAGGAGGUCCGGCUGGAAAACCCCAAGGAGAGCAGCGGUUCCCAGAAGAGCGGGAAGCAUGGCCCCGGCCAGGACAAGCCGCAUGAAACCUACCGGCUGCUGAAACGCAGGAAUCUGAUCAUAGAGGCCGUCACCAACCUGCGUCUGAUCGAGAGCUUGUUCACGAUUCAGAAGAUGAUCAUGGAUCAGGAGAAGCGGGAAGGCGUGUCCACCAAGUGCUGUAAGAAGUCCAUCGUCCGCCUGGUGCUGAACCUCUCUGAGGAGGGGCUCCUGCGGCUCUACCGGACCACGGUUAUCCACGAUGGGAUCAAGAAGAAGGUUGAUUUGGUUGUGCACCCAUCCAUGGACCAGAACGACCCUCUGGUAAGAAGUGCCAUUGAGCAGGUUCGCUUCCGGAUCUCCAACUCAAGCACAGCCAAUAGGCAAGUGGCAGACAGGAAGGACCGCUCAGCAAGGCCACCAGGCUCGGCCAAAGUUCCCCCACCCCCGCCACCCCAAGAGGAAGUGGAAGAAGAAACUCCAGUGGCAGAGGCCCCCAGCGCAUCGGGAGCCUCCCAGCUGAACACCUCCAAUAAAGUAGAGAGCGCACGCGUGAAAAAGACAGAUGAAAAGAUGGGCAUCACCCAGCUGAAGAACUACAACCCCGUCAUCGUUCCAGGACUCGGCCGCUCUCUGGGGUUUCUGCCCAAGAUGCCUCGCCUGCGUGUGGUGCACAUGUUUCUGUGGUACCUGAUCUACGGGCACCCUGCCAACAAGACGGCGCACAAGCCCGGCGGCGAGAGGAGGUCCCGACGGCAGGAGUCGAGCAGGAUGAGGGCCCAGGCUGCCUCUGCAAGGCAUGCGGAGGCCUCCUCGGAGGGCAGGGAGACUGUCACCUGGGAGGCCGAAGUGGAGCUCGACACGGAGACCGUGUACGUGAAUGAAGUCUCGUGGAUGCGCUACGUCCCUCCUAUCCCGGUGCACAGGGACUUCGGCUUUGGCUGGGCUCUCGUCAGCGACAUUCUCCUCUGUCUGCCCCUCUCCAUCUUCAUCCAGAUCGUGCAAGUCAGCUACAAGGUACUGGCGACUCGGGCCGCUGCAGAGCCUGGGGCUGGCCCCUCGGCUACAGGCUGGGGACCUACACUCACCUGGCCGAGAGUUGCCUGGGCGGAUGGGCAAAUGGGUAAAUGGAUGGACAGGUGGUCCAUCGAGAGGAACUGCAUCAAGGAUGUGUUCUUAUAAGUAGACUCGAUCAGGUGAUUGGGUGGAUAAUCGGGGGAACUGCAUAAAAAAUCAUUAUUCUACAUCUCUUUGUCAGUAGGCAGGUAGGUAAAAAAAAAAAAUAAUUUACAGUGCAGCAAUGAAGUGUGAUGUUUUUAGAAAUAUAGGAAAGGGAAGAAAUAGAAAUGACUGUAGCCUCACCGCUUAGAGAUGAUCACUGCUAAAGGUUUCAGUACCUUUUCUUCUGGUCCUUGUUUGCUGUGCCGUGUUUGUGUGCUUCGUGUGUCUGGCUGUGUGACCUCCCUUUUCUCUCAACUGAGCUGAGAUUUUAUUUGCUCUUUGUAACCUUUAUCUUCAUUGUAUUUGAAAGUUAGAGAGAGAGGGGGAAGAGAGAUCCUGUGUCCUCUGUUCACUUCCCCAAAUACCCACAACAGCCAGGGCAGGGUCAGGCCAAAGCCAGGAGCCCAGCACUCAGUCUGAGUCUCCCACGUGGGCGGCAGGGACCCAAGCACGUGACCGGCAUUGCAGGAGGUGGCUUCACCCGCUAUGCCAGAACGCCGGCCCCAAGCUCCCCUUUCUGAGUCACCACCCAUCCCUGGCGCCACCAGAAGCCAAGGCCGCACCCCAUUCUGCCUCACGAUGCAGCCAUUUAGUGCUCCAAACUCCAAGGUCCCUGACCCUUUCUUAGACAUCAUGUGAGGCACGUAGGGCUGUGCUGCAGACAAAGCAACCCUGCAGUAGGGAGGCAGAGCAGAGGGCUGUUUCUCUCCUAGGUGGCACAGCCACACCCCACCAGUCUUUCCAGGGCCCCAGUUCCUGGGGGCAGCUGGGAAGGAGGGUGGAGGAGACCUGCCCGGGGUCUCCAGCCCUGACUCGGACUGUCCAUUUGCAAGAGCCGUGCAGGGCCAUGUUACUGCCCAGGAGGCCCAGAUGUCUUCUGUCCUAUGGAAGAAGGGGCCCAGGUUUUGGGUGACUGCGGCUGGCCUUUGCCACAAACUCUGAUGCCUUAACCUGGUGUUUGGGGUCCACGUGCAUGUGUCUCCAGCUUUGGGAGUGGAAAGGCUGAGAGAGCACGAUCCAGGACAAGUCCAGCCUCACAUCUUCCUCCUGGUCCAGUACAGCACCGGACACAGGGCCAGCGCACAGGGGUGGAGGCACAAGCAGGGUCCCUCACUCAGCUGGCAAAUAUCUGGUCACAUUUACCACGUGCCAAGCUCUGUUCUGGGCCAUGGAGACCCAAAGACACACUCAGCUGCUCUGCCCUGACACAUUCUUUUUCUUCUUUGGGUUCAUGGAGGAGGAAAUUACCUUAAUGCCUCAGGGCCUUUGCAUGUGCCAUUCCUGCUUCCUGGAAUCCCCUCCCCACAGCUCUCCUCUUUGCUUGCCUGGCCAGAACCCACUUUGUGUCUCUUCCUAGGAAGAGACAUGGACAGGGUAGACUGUUCCCUUCACCCGUGCAAAUACUCCUCCUUUGUAAAUGUUAGCACAGCUGCAUGAAGUAAUGUUUUCCCUGCAUCCGAUCUAAUUUCAGGUCAGUUGCCACUGUUGAGUUUCUAAGCUCCAUGAUGACAGGUGCAUUUCUGGUUGCUCAGAGCCCUAGCAGAAUGCCUGGGUGCAAGAGACACGGUGUCUUGUGCUUGUUAAAGUUCCAAGCAGCGCUGUCACCAGCUCACAGCUGAGAAGGCUGAGGCUCGGAGGUGCUGGGUCCCUGGCCUCGGCCCACACAGGGCCUGAGCCUGGGCACUGGGGCCUCUGCCUGCCUGCCUCCGGUGAGCACCUUUGCCUUCACAGCUUUGCACAAUUAGAGCAGCACACGGUGCAUGCUCUCACGAGGUAUUAAUAGGGUAUGUUUAAGGGGUGGUGGGAGGGCAGAGGAGGGUGUGACUGACUCAGGCUGGGGGAGCGAUGGCUGCCUGGAGGAGGCGGCGACCUUGAAGGCUCAGAAACCGUGGGCAAGUUGGAACAGCUACAGGGAAUGCGUGGGAGUGUGAGAAAUGAGACCAGAGGCAGCGCUGGCUGGGACACCCCCGCUCUGGGGUGCCAGGGGGUUUGGACUUAGCUGGGCUGAUGGGAGAGAACUCCCAGGCACUUGCGAGCUGAGGAGUGAGGCGAAGCAGAAGGUUCUGUCAAGAUCCUUGCCUGAGGUCCGGGCUGCAAACUGGCACUUGCUGGCAGGCAGGCAGGCAGGCUUGGCUGGGCUCACUCAGGAUCUUAAAAUGGAAUUUGUGGCCAAGUGUAUUAGCAUGGAUUUAAGGCCAGUUGCUGAGCCAAACACCCAACAUCACAGAGGCUUACACGACACAGGAGCAUGGAUUUUCUCUCUCGCAUGAUCUAAAGGAACCAGGCACCUCGGCCCAAAGGCAUCUCCCUUGCCUACAUGGUCUCAGGUGGCCAAAGUCAUGGGCGGUCCCCCAAAGAGAAGGGCUGAGUGUGCCCAGAGAACAGUCUUUCUCCCAGCCGAACUUGCAAAUUCAGGAGGUUCUGCCUUCUCUGGGACAGGAGGAAGAACCCAGCAGUACUGGUCGCAUGUGGCCACAGUGGACUCCAGCCCCGCAGGGUGGGCCGCUGUUCUCCAAUUUCCCGCAGUCUCCGCCACUACCUUUUGUGUCCCUGACCCUGUGUGGCGGUUGGCAUCAGUCAUCUACACCAGCCCCUCGUGAGUUCACGGCCACGUCCUGAACAAAGGAUGUCCUGGAGGCCACGGAGCUGGGACCCGUUUAGGCAGAGUGGCUGGCGCGAGGCAGUACUGGCUCAGGGCAGUCUCAGCCCAGGCUUGGGAUGGAAGUGUCACUUCCUUCCUCCACCCUGGCACGUGCAGUCACCUGCAGAAUCCUGGGACUGCAAGGAAACCUUCUUGGAAAUAGGGGUGGGAUUUUUGUGCACCUGCUUUCCUGGGGCAUCCCCAGAGGGGAGGGAGUGUGCCCAGCCUGUCCUCUGUGGGGCUCUCAGACCCCUGAUGCCAUCCAGAAGGGGCUGAUGCAGGCAUGAGGGAGCCAUGCUCCUGCCCAGCUGCAGGUGCGUUUUGUGUUUCAGCCCCGUGGGAGCUGUGGCAUGGGUUCUCCCCAUCCCUGCUGGGACCAGUCAUUGAAGAAUGGUUUCCUGCACAGGGGCACUGGCCGCUGUGGUCAUUUCCAUUAUUCUGACCCCAGGGUGAGGUGGGACAGGGGUGUCUGGUGUCUGUGUUCUGGGCAGGUGUCUGUGAGUCCCCUGGAGCAUGGGCAAGCUUGCUUCCUCACGGGCGCAGAAGCCCCGUGGGCAGGAAAUGGCAUUGGGAUGGUAGACCCUCAAGGCUGUGGUGGUACAAAACUUCCCCAUAGCACUCUGAUUUUGUUUGCUCCACCUGAGCCCCAGCUACCAUCAUGGGUUCUGUGCCUCUGGGAGCCACAUACCUGUGGCCUCAUUCCCUGUUGACUACUGGCUCUCUGGAGUCCCAGCCCUCCUUGCCAAUCCCAGGUUUCCCAGAGGCCUCCUUUGCAUGUGGGGUCUGGGUUGCUUAUGGGUGACUCCCCUCCUGACGGGGGAGUGAGCAUCAGAAUACGAUGCUGCCCCCUUUUGGGUUUCCAUAGUGACAGGGCCUCUCAGAGAGCAUCUGAGGAUUCUGCUGACUGCACUGGAGGUCCGUGGGAGGUCCCGCUGCACAGCGCCGGCUCCACUAUGCAUCUGUCACCUGGCUGGCCCCACUCCUCCCGCCUGGGCUUCCCAAGGAGUUCCUGCCUCACUCACGCAAAGCCCCCUCUCACUCCCCAAGCCUUCCCUGUGGCAGUGGACAUGCAGCCCCAUAGGCACAGGUGUGUGUGUGUGUGUGCAGUGUGUAUACGUGCACAGGUAUGUGUGUACACAUAGAUGUGUGUACAUAUGCACAGGUUGGUGUAUGUUCAGUGCAGGUGUGGGUACGUGUGUAUACAAAUGUGCAUACAUGCAAAGGUGUGUGUACACAGGUGUGUGCAGUGUGUAUAUGUGUACAGGUGUGUGUAUAUGUGCACAUGUGCACAGGUGUGUAUAUGUGUGGUGUGGGCAUGCAGUGUGUAUACGAGCACAGGUGUGUACAUGUGCACACGUGUGUUUGUGUAUAGGUGCGUGCAGUGUGUGUAUGUGCACAGGUGUGUGUAUGUGUGCACAGGUGUGUAUAUGUGCAGUGUGGGCAUGCAGUGUGUAUACGAGCACAGAUGUGUUCAUGUACACACGUGUGUUUGUGUAUAGGUGCGUGCAGUGUGUGUAUGUGCACAAGUGUGUGUACGUGUGCACAGGUAUGUAUAUGUGCAGUGUGGGCAUGCAGUGUGUAUAUGAGCACAGGUGUGUACAUGUGCACACGUGUGUUUGUGUAUAGGUGCGUGCAGUGUGUGUAUGUGCACAGGUGUGUGUACGUGCGGUGUGGGCAUGCAGUGUGUAUACGAGCACAGGUGUGUACAUGUGCACACGUGUGUUUGUGUAUAGGUGCGUGCAGUGUGUGUAUGUGCACAGGUGUGUGUACAUGUGCACAGGUGUGUAUAUGUGCGGUGUGGGCAUGCAGUGUGUAUACGAGCACAGGUGUGUACAUGUGCACACGUGUGUUUGUGUAUAGGUGCGUGCAGUGUGUGUAUGUGCACAGGUGUGUGUACGUGUGCACAGGUGUGUAUAUGUGCAGUGUGGGCAUGCAUAGUGUGUAUACGAGCACAGGUGUGUACAUGUGCACAGGGCUGUGUGACAUGUGCAGGUGUGUGUGUAUGUGUGUGCCCGCACACACACUGGGAUACUCUGGUGCAGGCACAUCAUUGAACACUUUCUCAACAGAGUCAUUUCUGUCCCUGGGAGGAAUCCUGGGGCCAGCAGCCAGGACAAGACAGUCGCUUCACUCAGUCACCCUGCGUAGCGGGCUGAGAAGUCGGCCACUGUGCCCAUUUUACAGAUGAAGAAACUGAGGCUGAGAGCAGUGCAGCAACUCCCCCAGGGUCCCCCGCUGGGGAGGUGUGCCCUGAGCCUCGGGGGCAGCCCUGCCGACUUCACAGCCAGGCCCCUUCCUGCUGCAGCUCUGCCUCCUCAGAGAUCCUUUGCUGGGGCUCGGCCUUGAGUUUGCUUCUGUGGUGAGCCUGGCUGGGAUGGCAGAGGCUGGGGGCAACAGCAAAGCCCUGGUUUACAACAGCAAUCAGAUAGGAGGGACUUCACACAGGUGGUGGAAACAGAAUUCAAAUAGGAGCUUGAGUGCAAAAAACAAUUUGGAAAUCCAUGCAUUGUUUUCCAGAAAACACAUUUUCUGUGAAAUUGUGAAGACCUCUGUGUGCAUGAGUUCCAAGCUGUUUUUUAUUUUAUUUAUUUGGUAGGAAGAUGACAGGGUGGGGGGUAUGAAGAGAGAGAUCCUUCAUUUGCUGGUUCACUCCCCAGGGCUGUGUCAAGCCGAAGCCAGGAGCCAGGCGCUCCAUCCGGGUCUCCCAUGUUGGAAGCAGAAGCUCAAGUACUUGAGCCAUCAGCUGCUGCCUCUCCCUUAGCAGGGAGCUGGACCAGAAGCGGAGUAGCCAGGACACACACUGGCAGUUGGUAUGUGGACAUCUCAAGUAGCUGUCUAACCUGCUGAGCCACAAACCUGCCCUUCUGGUGGUCUAAUGGGGACACAGGUGAUGAACACACACACAUAGACGCAUCUGUUCCCACUGAAGGACCCUUAUGGGGGAGAGGGACAAGAAACUAGGCCUGGGCAAAUAUCAGGGGCUUCUUAAGAGGUUAGAUGUUCCCCAGAGUCUAGCGGGCAGGAUGUUCUCUGGGAAGGAAAAGUCAAUCCCCUUCAGAGAACCUCUAGGCAUGCCCAGAGCAGAGCUGCCCCUCCCCUCCGGGAAACCUCUGGGCGCGCCCAGAGCAGAGCUGCCCCUCCCUUCGGAGAGUCUCUAGGCGCACACUUAUGAUGUCACUGCGACCGGCCAAUCCUGUAACACCUCAGCACUCUCCCUCAGCACUCUCCCUCAGCACUCUCCCUCAGCAUUCUCCGGUAUGCUAAUUGUCCCUCUGAACCAGCCAAUCCCGUGCCACCUCUGCAUUUUAUACCAGCACUCUCCACCAGCAUUCUUUACCAGCAUUCUCCCAUAUGCUAAUUCGUUGCCUAUAUAACCUGUGAGUAACUGCCGCUCAGGGCUCCUCACCGCCUGAGGUGGGGGCCCGUUUGCGCAAACGUUCAAUAAAAACCUCGUGCUUUUUGCAUCAACUGGUCUGGAGUCUGGAUUUUUGGGCGUCCUCUCGAGCAAGUGGGCAUCUCUACAACUGAGAGGUCCAACACCACAGGCGGGGUGAGGGCUGCCGGGACACACAUGGCGCCAUCAAGGGCAUGGGGACGCUGUUUGAU